GUCUUCAAAGUGGCUGUUGUCCUGUAGGUGGCAGUAAAGCUGCUUAACUACAACUCUUUCUAGGAUUUUAGAAAUAAAGGACAGGUUUGAUAUCGGUCUGUAGUUGGCCAACAUGCUAGGAUUUGUAAGAUCACUUAAAACUUCAAUGGAAUAUCUAACAGGUUUUUUUAAAUCAGAAAAUUGACAAUCUCACACCAAAGUGUGUAAUAAAGCAUAAAACAGUUUCAAAAAGCAAAAUAAAAUAAUUAUCUUUGUCUAAUGAGUUGUUUUACAGAACAUACAUAUGCCAUCAGGAUAAAAACAUUCUCUGUGGAAACGCCAUAAAGCAGUGAUUUUAAAAUAGUGGAUAUCAGCAUCAGCAUGGUCCGUCCACAUAGAAAGCCCGCAGCUGCUCAGCGGCGCCGCCUUGCGGUCUGAAUCAGACCCUGCACCCCCCCCCCCCCAGCGCUUUAAUCUCUUGAUCUUCUGAAGAACCGUCGUGGUUCUGCAGGUGGGACAAUGCGGGCUUGUUUUCUCAGACUGUGCAGACUCUUGGUGGUGGUCAUGACUUUACCAUUGAGUGUGAUGGAGAUGGCGGGUUUUUGUGACGUGUACCACCGACGUCUGUUUCCGCUCCUCGCCUUCACCAUCACCUUUUCUUACAACGACAAAGUCCAUAGACUGAAGCGGGAACUCUUCCGGAACAUGGCCAGGUUCGCGGAUUCAUUUGGGACCCUUCGCUUGCUGGAGAUCGGCUGUGGGAGCGGGGCAAACUUCAGGUUUUACCCCAACGGAUGCACGGUGACCUGCACUGACCCCAAUCCGGGUUUCGAGCGCUACCUGCGCAGGAACAUGGACGCGAACAAGCACGUGACCUAUGAGGGCUUCUUGGUCGUCUCUGGGGAGGACCUGAGGGGCAUCCAGGACGAAUCUGUGGAUGUGGUGGUCUGCACGCUGGUUCUGUGUUCCGUCAAGAACGUGCAGAAAGUCCUGCAGGAGGCCCAGCGCGUGCUCAGAAAGGGAGGAGCAUUUUAUUUUCUGGAACACGUAAUAUCAGACUCGUCCUGGUGGAUUUAUGGCUGUCAAUACAUCUUUGAGCCUCUGUGGUACUACCUGGGAGAUGGAUGCAAGGUUACCAAGGCAACGUGGAAGGACCUGGAGACUGCUGGAUUUUCUGAACUUUACAUCAGACAUGUUGAUGUUUUAGAGGUAUCUCAAAUGAUAAGACCACACAUCGUGGGAUACUCGAUAAAGUAAGGAUUUCAAUGAACGACCAUCACAGUGUUCAACUUUAUAAAAGUGUUGAAUCGUUAAUGAGCUCAAAAUGAAAUCAAUAAAGCUGCUGUGUCACUAAAUAGCUACAGCAUGACAUCAUCCACAGUCUACUGAGCGAAAAUAGAUUUAUUUACUCACAGAAUCAGAAACUUUUCAUACACUUUUGUUCUUCUUUUCCACUCAUCCCGAGAUGAACAGAAUAAAUAUUACCUGGACACUGUGCUUUUUCCCUGAUUGUCUAAGUAACUGCCAAGUAAAACCCCAACAAAUCACCCGUCCCAUCAUCUUUCCCCUUCCCCUUAAUGAUCCAUUGCACACAGUUAAGGAAUGGCAGCUGUAACAUCGAAAUGGUAAACUGGGGGAAUUGUUGGCUGACAUAACAGAAGAGAAAUGAUGUCAUUGAGAAUCAUACAGUCAGAAUUCUGCAGAGGCUACAGCAACAUGGAAACAAUAUGGACAAAAAAAUAAAACAGGACAAGGGAUGCAAAUGAAAAC